GAAAACAAAAUCCUCUUUAUAAAUUGCUCUCACUCAUAACCCUUAAUUUGCAAACAACAUUGCAAAUUUAGAGCUCUUCAAUUUUCAAAUAUAGUCUAAAACCAUGGCCCUAAAAACUUUGUUGAUGUUUCUGUCUGUUUCUAUAAUGGCAACCUCAUUUUCAGAAGCCCAAAAUCCACUAGGCAUAGUACAUGUCAAUGGAACUCUAUAUUGCACCAUCAAUGGUGGAUCUAAUGGCCCCGCAACCCCAGUUUUCACCAGUGCUUCAGUGCAACUUGAAUGCCAGCCUGCAAAUCUGGUGGUAACGUCAAGUGUAACAACAAAUGCAGCUGGAAGGUACGAUGUAACAGCGUUACCUGGAAAUGCAACACUAAAUGCAAUACUGUCUUCUUGCAAUCUAGUUGUCAACACGCCUCUUUCCAGCUGCAAUGCAAAUCUGCCGUCGACUGGACGCCUCAUUUCGCCAUUGCAGUUUGUGAAAACAGUUCCUGCUGGCUUUUUAAGGGUCACUUAUCUAAUUGCUACCGGUUUUCAGAUCAUCUAAUUAAUGCAUCCAAUGGCUGCCUCUAUGAAUAAAUCAUGAGAUUGUUACGCAACUCUUUCUUAAAAGUUUACAGGAUUUUUUUUUAAUGGAAUAAUGUUACUAGAAAUUAAUCUAAAAGAAAUAAAAGAUUUUUGUUGAAUACAAA